AUGGCAAUACAUAGUAAGACAUGGUCAUGGAUAGAUGAGGUUCUGCCCUUUGUUACUAUGCUGAUUGUGAUCAUCUUAGAUGUGGUCGCGUUGACCAUUGUCAAAGCCGCAAUGAAUGCUGGCAUGAAGAGUAUUGUCUACAUUGUGUACCAUAAUGCGCUUGGAACAUUGAUUCUUCUUCCAUUUUUCAUUGUUCAUAUCUUCAGAGAUGUUGAACGUCCUCCACUCAGUUUUCGUAUUCUAUUCAGAUUCUUCAUCCUUGGUCUUUUGGGGAUUUGUCUUCUGCAGGUACUGGUGUAUGCAGGUAUUUAUUACAGCUCUCCAACCUUGGCCAGUGCCAUCACGAAUUUGGUUCCCGCAAACAUAUUUUUGCUUGCUGUCAUUGUUAGGAUGGAGAAAGUAGACAUAAGAAGUUCAAGUGGUCUAGCAAAAUUAUUUGGUACCAUAAUUGCAAUAUCAGGAGCGAUGGUGUGCACAUUCUAUCAAGGCCCGAUAAUUUUUCAAACGAUCCCCUCACGUGAUCCAUCUAAUCAGCUCGUUUUGUCACAACCAUCGAGUUGGGUAUAUGGCGGCUUGAUUCUUUUUGUUGGUGUAAUCGUCGCUUCUGUAUGGAAUGUUAUACAAACAGCAACAGCAAGAGUUUUUCCAGAUCAACAAACUGUUGUCUUUUUCUUCAGCCUCUUUGGGACGAUUCAAUGUAUAGCUCUAUCUCCGUUCCUAGAAAGAACUCCAAGUGCUUGGGUACUAUACAAUAGAAUUGAGGCAACUUCUGUUGUUUUUGGAGCAGUAUUUUCUAAUGCAAUUCGGUUUAAUGUUGUGACAUGGUGCUUGAAGAAAAGAGGUCCGGUUUUUGUGUCCAUGUUCUCGCCUAUUCAAAUACUUGUUGCAGUCAUCAUGGGUGUCACAUUUCUUGGCGAUUCACUUCAUUUAGGAAGCGCCAUUGGAGCAGUGAUAGUUGCUACUGGAUUUUAUUCCGUGAUGUGGGGGCAAGCGAAAGAGAAGAACAAAGCGAACAAGGAUUUGGAUGUUACAGAUGAACAUGGAUCAUCUAACCAAAACAGUCCUCUCCUUUCAUCAGUUAAUUAG